UGGUAUUAGAACAAUUAUUAACAUGUUUUUAAAUGCAAAAAUGUAGUUCACUUGUCUCUGAAGAUUUAGUCAAGGAGUUUACAGUAGUUAAAACAAUUACUUUCCUCAAAAUGUAGGUCUCAAAGUUAUUUACAUCAAAAGGUAAUCAAACUUUAAUCUUGAUGCUAUUUGCUUAAAUCUAGUCCAUUCAAUGACAGAAGAAUGUUUACUAGUAAUUGGUGUUACACUGACCUUGUCAUCACACAGUCCAAAUUCCCAAUCUGUCCAUUCGUAUGUGCUCCAUAAGUCUGUAACUUAUUAAAGCAAUAACCAAAUGUAUAUGUAGUAGUAUAGCCUCUAAACCUCAUUAAGAAAGAGGUCGAUACUGUUUUGAUGAUCUCUGGAAGAGUCGAUCCUAAUGAGUGGUUGUCUGGGGUCCGUUAGUAAAAUCAAAUUAAUUUCUUCAGUUCAUGAGCCUCUGAAUGAGAAGAAACAUCUAGAUCAUUUAGUACAUAAAGCUAAACUGUCGGCGGAUUUUUGGACAACCAGUACGCGUGACAUGGACAACUACAGUGCAGCUCAAUCACAAGGAAGCAUCUCGUCAAUUAGUACAUCUACUCAGACACCCGAUGCUCAUGGCGCUGCAAAUACAAACAACCAUUCUGAAUUUGUAAAUCAUGGAUUUAUUCGCUGGAACCAAAUCAGACAGCAGUGGGUCGGACGUAAAAAUCCUGAGAAGCAACAAAAACAGCUUCUUGAACCCAAAUUAAGUUGGAAUGCUACUUAUGAUAGUCUGCUGGGGAGCAACAAGCCAUUUCCCAAGCGUAUCCCACUUGCUGAAAUGGUAGAUUUUCUUGUGGAUGUUUGGGAGCAGGAAGGAAUGUAUGAUUGAGAUGUGUUGCAAGCUAUAAGGUUGCGGAUGAAUCGUCAAGGGAGAGUAGUAGCCUUUUAGGAUGAUGUAAACUUGAUUUGCUUUGUGACAAAGAGGUUUCUGGAUAUAUGGGGUGUUUUGUAAAGAUAUAUAUAUAUGUAACCUACCUUUUGUACAUUUAAACAAACUAUUGUGCUAGGAAACCUGUUGACGUUUAUAAAAACUGAGGACUCUCGUCUGGUUCUUUCAGCAGAUGUUACUUUCUUAUGCUCUAUUAACUUGAUUAAGGGAAAAUAAUGAAAACUCGUUUAACGAUCUUUUA